CCUGGCUCCAUUUUACACAAAGCUCCUACUUGAUAUUAAGAUGGCGUCUAGCGCUUUGAUUAAAGUGAAAAUCCAGCGAAACCUCCCCAAGAAAGAGGAGGCUUCCCCCGGAGGUACAACCGGGAGCAACGGCACGGUUGAAGACAACAAGGAAACGCAAGCGUCAGGUGACUCCGGGCAGACUCAACAAAAUGAUAAGCGCAAGGACAAAGUUGCUAAGAAAACUAACAGAUUUGAGCCUUAUAACCCACAAAAGCGUUUCCGAGCUUUCAUCUCUAAUAUUCCAUUUGAUGUUAAGUGGCAGGCUCUUAAAGACCUUGUUAAGGAAAAAGUUGGUGAGGUAACAUACGUGGAGCUCUUAAUGGACGAUGAAGGAAAGUCAAGGGGGUGCGCUGCUGUUGAGUUUAAGCUGGAGGAGAGUAUGAAGAAAGCUGUGCAAGUUCUCAACAAGCAUGUUAUGAAUGGGAGACCCUUGAAAAUUAGAGAGGAUCCACAUGGGGAACGUUCAAGAAGAGCAGCACAAGGUGUCUUUGGUCCAGGUCCCAUGGGUAUGGGGGGUCCGGGUCCCAUGGGUAUGGGGGGACCGGGUCCCAUGGGUAUGGGUGGACCGGGUCCCAUGGGAAUGCCUGCUCCCAUGGGAAUGGGUGGACCUGGCCCUAUGGGCAUGGGGCCUGGACCAUCUAGAGCCAACAUGAACAUACCACCCAGUAUCCUUAAUAACCCAAACAUUCCUGGAGAUGUUAUCCAUGCCUUACAGUCAGGAAGACUUGGCAGCACGGUGUUUGUAGCCAAUCUUGAUUACAGUGUUGGGUGGAAGAAACUCAAGGAGGUAUUUGGCAUAGCUGGUACUGUUGUGCGUGCAGAUGUAUUGGAAGACAAGGAUGGAAAGAGCAGAGGAAUUGGCACAGUCACCUAUGAGCAGCCAAUUGAGGCUGUGCAAGCUAUUUCAAUGUUUAAUGCCCAGCUGCUGUUUGACAGGCCUAUGAUGGUGAAAAUGGAUGAUAAAGCUAUGCCUAAAGGAGACCACUUCUCUGCUGAUCGCCCUCCUCAACUUCCACAUGGUCUUGGAGGCAUUGGAAUGGGGCUAGGACCAGGAGGCCAGCCAAUAGAUGCCAACCAUUUGAGAAGUUCAAACAUAGGAGGUCCUGGAGGAAUGGAUUCCAUGGGGUAUGGGAUGAACAAAAUGGGUAUUGAUGGGCCACCUAUUGGCGGAAAUGGCAAUCUAGGGAGCCUGAGUAGAUAUGGAUCUGGGAUGGGCCUUGGAAGGAUGAGUACUGAUAUCGACCGUGGUUUAGCAGCUGGUUUUGACAGGGGUGAACUGGGUUCCCUGUCUAGAGGCUACAAUGAUCCACUUGAAAGAGGAUUGAGCUCUGGAGCCAGCAACCUUGGUGCCAAUAUUGACCGAAUGAGCUCUGCCAUUGGGAGAGGUGUUGACAGAGUGGGAUCAGACAUUGAUCGAAUGGGACUGGUCAUGGAUAGGAUGGGCCCUAGUGCAGACAGGAUUGGGUCUGGAAUGGGUUCAGGAAUGGGCUCUUUGGGAAUGGACAUCUCCUCCAGCAUUGAUAGGAUUGUAGCUUCCAGUUUAGACAGGAUGAGCACAGGUAUGGGCUAUGGAGUAGACCGAAUGGGCUCUGGUAUGGACAGGGUUAGCUCAGGCAUAGAUAGAAUGGGAUCCAAUUUGGAUCGCAUUGGCUCUGGUAUGGACAGGGUUGGAAUAGACCGAAUGGGUUCCUCAUCAAUGGACAGAAUGGGAUCAGGGUUAGAUCGUAUGGGCCCAAUUAUGGAUAGAUUGCCACCAGUAGACCGUUUAAGUGCCAGCUCACUGGGCAGAGUUGGCUUAGACCGUAUUGGGUCCAGCUCUUUGGACAGAAUGGGCACUGGGUUAGGAAUGAGUACCAGCAUGGGGCUGGGAAUGGGCUCAAGCUUUGAUAGACCAAUGGAUGUUGACCAAAGCAAGUUUGGGAAUAACUUUGGCAGCUCAUUCGGAGGCGCAGGAGGUAAUCGUCCAGCUGCAGCACCCCGCAAAGGAUGUCAAAUCUUUGUGAGAAAUUUGUCUUUUGAUUGCACAUGGAAAAUGUUGAAGGACAAAUUUAAUGACUGUGGUCAUGUGGUGUAUGCAGAUAUAAAGAUGGAAAAUGGAAAAUCAAAGGGCUGUGGUGUAGUAAAGUUUGAAAGCCCAGAAGUAGCUGAGAGGGCGUGCCGCAUGAUGAAUGGAACUAAACUUGGAGGAAGAGAAAUUGAUGUCAGGAUGGAUAGAAAUGCUUAGUAUGGCCUUAAAAUCGUUAAUUUUAUUAAAUGUGAGGUAUAACUGUUGGCCUCAGUCAGUUUUUUUUACUACAUUUUAUUGUGACAAGUGUGCACAUUCAUAGUUGUGACAUUUUGUGGAUAUCUUUUUGGAAACAAUACAAGCUACAAAACAAUUUUUGGAUGAUGUUGCUUUGGAAGUAUGCCUGUGUAUUUCUGCAAUAAACUUCUAGGUGUUUUUUUUAAAA